CACGUUGACAAAAGCCGGAGAAUCAAUCCGCAUUAACGACAUCUACUGUGCUGGCAAAGCUAGAAGGAUCCGCGGCUUUUGACUUUAGCAUCUAGACCCCGCCUCACUGACGGGGAGGGCGUAUGCCUGCUGGAGUCCGGUCUGGACUGGAGGUUUUAACGCGAGCUAACGUUCGAUAGCAAUAGCGCUAGCUUUUUCCUGGAGCGAGAGCGAUGCGCGGUCAGAGAUAAAACAAGGGGCGUUCGAUUUGACACAAAAUCCUUGUUUUGCCUCGGUAUCCCUGGACGGUAAGAUUAAUUUAUUAACAUGUCAGUCCUCGCUCUGCAAGAAUACGAAUUUGAAAGGCAGUUCAACGAGAACGAAGCCAUCCAAUGGAUGCAGGAAAACUGGAAGAAGUCCUUCCUCUACUCGGCCCUGUACGCGGCCUGCAUUCUGGGGGGCCGGAGGCUGAUGAAGCAGAGGGAGAAGUUUGAGCUGCGGAAGCCCCUGGUGCUCUGGUCCCUCUCCCUCGCCGUCUUCAGCAUAUUCGGCGCCAUUCGCACCGGAGGGUACAUGGUGUUCAUCCUGAUGACCAAAGGGCUGAAGCAGUCUGUCUGCGACCAGAGCUUCUACAACGGGCCCGUCAGCAAAUUCUGGGCCUACGCCUUCGUGCUCAGCAAGGCCCCGGAGCUGGGAGACACGCUGUUCAUCGUCCUGAGGAAACAGAAGCUCAUCUUCCUGCACUGGUACCACCACAUCACGGUCCUGCUCUACUCCUGGUACUCCUACAAGGACAUGGUCGCCGGGGGCGGCUGGUUCAUGACCAUGAACUACCUGGUGCACGCGGUCAUGUACUCCUACUACGCCCUGCGGGCGGCGGGCUUCCGCGUGUCGCGCAAGUUCGCCAUGUUCGUGACGGCCACGCAGAUCGCCCAGAUGGCGGUGGGCUGCCUGGUGAACGGCCUGGUCUUCUCCUGGAUGCAGCAGGGCCAGGAGUGCCCGUCGCACGUGCAGAACAUCGUCUGGUCCUCGCUCAUGUACCUCAGCUACUUCGUGCUCUUCUGCCAGUUCUUCCGCGAGGCCUACGUGCGCAAGGCCCGGCAGGCCGCCGAGAGGAAGGGCCUGUAAUGGUGGGCGGGGCCGAGGCGGGCCGGGGGGGGGGGGGGGGGGGGGGGGGGGGGAGGAGGCGGGGCUGGGUGUGAAGGGGAGGCCGUGAUUGGUGGGGUCCAAGACGGAUUGAGCCUCUGGUUCUAUAGCCUAUGAUGGGAAGCAGAAGGUGGAGGGGAGGGGAGGAUAGUGGUGCCGGGUUGGGUGGGGUUGAGUGGGGGUGGGGUGGGGGGGGGGGGCAGAGGCGGUUGGAGGUAGCCAAAACAGGGGUCAUGCCGUCUGUACCGGAACGAGCAUGAGCACAAGCUGUUUUUUUUUCCCAAAGAGGGCCACAAUCAGUGAGCCGUUACCAUGCCAACACCCAAGUCUCCACCCACUGUGUUACGUUUACAGCGUUCCCCCCCUAGCCAAUUGCAUCUCCCCUCGUUAGUCGUCAUGCCAACCUCAUGUUGAUAAAAGCAGCGGACAGCUGCGAGCCGAGAGUGUGUGAAGGGAAUGAAUACGAGGAAGUGUGUUAAUGACGGAAUGAAGAGGAAAGGGAGGAGGUGCCUAUUCUGUCCAAUCAGCACGCUCUUUGUCUUAACAGGGUUUCCACGGGAACUUAAAAGGGCUUGGAUUUAGCAUUUUUGUGAAAUUGCUUGGAAUAUUAUUUCCCUAAUAGACUGGUUUGUAUAUUCCAAGUUUUAAAGAAAUUAAGUUAAUUUUAUACUGAAGUCAAUUAUAAGAUUAUUAAUUCAGAAAUAAGCUGCCUGAAAAAUUGUCAAUAAAGGUUUUUGUGAAAUCCUUGAAUUUUGCAAUAGAAAUACUGUAGAGUAAUUGUAAGCAUUUUCAUUUGAUUUGACGCAGCCAAACUGAUCAUGUGCAACAAAUAUAUGCAUAUACCCCUCAGUUAAAGACAAAGCAGACUGUGUUUAGACAGAAUAGGCCCUUUACAUUGGUGAAUGUCUUGUCUAGGUGUUACUGUUAACAUAAUUCUGUCUCUGUCAUGCUGUCUUAACCUGACUGAAUCUGUUAUUAAGGUCUGUGGAUGGGUGAUUUGUGUAUUAAAAGUGAGUGAAGUCUUC